GUUGGGGGAGGGAAGAUGAGAAGACUACCUCGGGUCCACUCACGGGGGAAACGCGUACAGUCGAUCCAUCUCGGCCGGGUAUCUCGCAUCUCUCUCCCUGCCUACCUUGGUCGAGUGGACUCGUUUCAUUUCAUCACUUGGCUCGCACGAUUUGAACGUACGUAUGCGCGUGCGUGCGGAGGAAGGAAGGAAGGAAGGAACGAGGGAAGGAAGGAAGGAAGGACGCUGAGCGCCGCUGAGCUGACUGGACUCGACGAUUCCGGAAAUAACAUGCGUACACGCAGCCCGUCACGUACGCUCAUCACUCCAUUUGCAUUGCUGUGGGUUGAAGUAAGUGCUGGCACAUCCGGAUUAUCGGACACGUUUGCAUUUUAAACUCGCUAAUCUCCUUGUAGUAUUGGACUGAAGCUAUUCAGAUACACAAGACAGCCUCCAAAUGUUUCCCAGAAUAAUGCAGCGUCGUUCUCCUGUUCAGAGAAACAGAUGAUGCUUGUCGCCAAAGCAGGAAAAACAAGACUCGGACAGGAAAGUGGUUGCGUCGGAGCUCCUCUCUGGCACACGACCCAGCGGCUCAGCUGAAAGAUGAAGGGCGGACGUGGGCUACGUGCACAUUCAGCGCAUCAAGACAUGAAAUGGAGACUUUGGGAGGCGCGGAUGUCUUAAAGCCAGCCUCUUGCAAAUCGCUCACCGUUUCAGCCGAAAGGAGGACCGGCGUCCAGGAGCUCGCUCUUACGCGAGCGGAAAUUGUGCACGCACGCCCGAGCGACAUGGGGAUCAACGACCUGCGAGGGGGUCCGACCGCCGACGAGUUUCUGGCGGGUCUAGCCUCCCAAAGCGACCCGCGUGGACUCACGACCCCGAGCAAACAAUGCAGGACCGGCGUGCCGCUCUACAACGGCCACGCUCUAUCCGUGGAAGGAAGCCCCGAGGGCGCUUUGGCCCACACGCCGAACCCGGCACGGAUGAAGGGGCCCCUCUCCAGCCGAGCAUGUCUGUUAGAGAAUGCGGACCCUGCUCUGAAAAGGAGGAUCAAUAAUGACCACCUAAGAGCUCGACAGCAACAGCAAAAGAAAAGAGGCGGGGAGAACCGGGAUUCGGGUUCCGAGACCCUCUCGGCGGGGCAGGGGGAUCCCGUGGACGCCGUUUUUACCUCAGUUGAGUCUGACUUGAAGCGAAGGCGAUUGGCUGACGCAAGUAUUGCUCACAACUUUUCCGGUGGCAGACUGACGUCUGAUGGCGGGAAGGGUUGCUACGGCGACCAGCUGGCUAGCAGCCAGUGUGCGGCCCCCCCACCUCAAAUUAGCCAGCACAACAUAUACCGGCCGGCCACCCUCCACUGCGGUCAGACCUCCCCCGUGGAGACCGGCGGAAUCCCAACACCUCCGCCGCCAGACGUGUCCGUCUUGUCGGCGGAGCGUGUCGCUCUUCAGUACAUCGUUCCCUGCAUGAAGUACUACGGCAUUUGCGUUAAGGACAAUUUUCUCGGGCCGGUCUUGGGCAACCGAGUGUUGGAAGAGGUCGAAGUCUUAAAUCAGGAGGGCAAAUUCCGAGGCGGGCAGCUGGUGAGCCAGAGGGGCAUUCCCUCUCGAAGCAUCCGAGGUGACCAGAUCGCCUGGGUGGAAGGACACGAAGCCGAGUGUAAGCACAUCGGAAGUCUGAUGUCGUUCAUCGACGAGGCCAUCAUGUAUAGCGCGGCCAACGGACAGCUGGGCGACUGUGUCAUCAACGGACGCACAAAGGCCAUGGUUGCCUGCUAUCCGGGUAAAGGUGCGGGAUAUGUCCGUCACGUGGAUAACCCCAACGGCGACGGCCGCUGCAUCACGUGUAUCUACUAUCUCAACAAGAACUGGGAUGUGAAGACACAAGGAGGGCUGCUGCAGAUCUUCCCCGAAGGCAAAAAAGUGGUGGCAAACAUCGAACCCUCCUUCGACCGCCUGCUCAUCUUCUGGUCCGAUCGCCGCAACCCGCACGAAGUCAAACCCGCCUACGCCACUCGCUACGCCAUCACAGUUUGGUACUUUGAUGCAAAGGAGCGAGCAGAAGCCAAAGAGAAAUACAAGCUAGCAACGGGACAGAAAGGUGUUCAAGUGCCUGUCAGUCAGAACAGCAAGACAUGAAUCCCCCCCCUUACCGCUAAUCACCGGAGAGGGAGCAUGAAAGCACCGUCUGGGUUCUUAAUGGAGACUAUAAAAGGAGUUGAGGGAGUUAAACCGGCUCGUGCAGAACCAACCGUGCUGCUCUUAUAAAGGUCAGCCCGUGCUCCCCCCCUGUGGAAAAUGAAACCUUCCUGUUCUUUGGACAUCUCACGGAAUCCUCAAAGAGGACGAUUAACUGGAAGAAACGGAUCUUUUUUUUUUUUUGUCAGUAAUUGGAGGAAUCGCUUUCCCCGCCCAAUUCAAACUAGAACAUUCUGACGCUAAUCAAAGAGACACAAGGAGCGUCCCACUCAUCAACGGAACCUGCGGUGACUCCUGGCUUGCAUGUGAAAUGGCCACUACGGAGAACUUUGACGACUUGACAGCGAGGAGAAGAUGGUCCUUGUCGACACAGUACUCACCAUCCGCACAAAAUGGAAAAGUCAUCGGACUCCAAGGCGGCCUUUGGUUUUCUCUCGAUUCCGUUCGAUGGCAGUCUUACAGAGUUCCAACAUGAGGAAAAGGUUUCACUCAACAUUCAGAAGUGACGCCGCUUCAUAGUCUCAAACAGGGUUUCAUCUUAAUGUGUGUAUGUGUGUGUGUGUGUGUGUGUGCACGCGUGGGUGUGUGCGUACGUGCGAGUCCACGUACGUGCUGGCUCUAACGCAACAGGAAAAGAACAAAAUGUAGAUGUGUAUCAGAUCCUGAAAGAUAAUACAACUAUAGUUAGAAUUAAAAAAAAAAAAUCGAUAUAUUUCUUGAGGUUCCAUUAUAGUGUUUACAUUUUGACAAAAAAAAUAGUUCCUAGUCCAGCAAUAGUCUUCUUACAUAAUACUCAUUAAAAGCUUAUUUCAGAAACCAAAUAAUCCCCAAUAAAAAGUUUUCAAGAGUAUAUAUCAACGUAACGUAGAACUGCACUGCAUUGUGAAAAUCAUUUGAAAAUGCGUGCCAUUCACAAUCAAUAACCAAAUAAGGUCACCCAGAUGAGCAACAACGAGCAUGUAUUCCUGAUGAUGACUUUGCUUUGAUUACUUAUAUUGGAUCGCAGUACAAUGUGCAUGUGCUGGUGAGUUGAUAUGCUAAUUAGGAUUAGCAUGACCCUUAUUUUCUUAGAUAAUAACAAUAGUAAGCACGGGGAUGAGCACACAGGCAAAACGUGUGUGUGUGAGUGUGUGUGUGUUGUGUGACUUUUUCAAUGGGUAUUUGCACACGUGAUAGAUCUACUGUCUUGACGAAGGUCACAAUUGUUUGUUAUUCUGGUUAAAAAGGUUACUUUACAACCACAAAGCACUUUAUUGAGUCAAUUGAAAGAGUGUAAAGAAAAAAAAAAGACUCAACUCUUAACUAGCUGUUGUAGUUGAUAAAAAUGCAAUAACGCCUGUUUUUUGUUUUUAAUGCUUGACAACAAUCAAAAAAAAUAUGAAGUUCUGUGAAAAUGAGAAAUACAAAUUAAAUGCAUACUAAUAAUGCCUCCA